GCACGUACAAUCACCUAUAUUGUUGCCCUUAUUACUCAUACCACUCCUAUUUAAAUUGAUUUUCAGCUCCCUUACGUGAAUAUGGAGUCUAUUUCUAAUGGCUUGUUGGCCGAGCAAGACCGCCAGUUGGAGCUACACGCAAAGAUACAGCUGCACAGUCAAAAAGUAGCGCACCGGAUUCAGAAAAACCGGCCGGCAGCAACCACCAGGCAGUACGAUUCCAGGCAGAAAGAAUUCAUUGAUUUCUGCACAAAAGAAGGCUUUCCUGACGGCCAGGUGGUUACCGAAAAGAAGCUGGUCUAUUUUCUGGAUCACUAUGUCAUUAACCGUCCGAUUCGGCCAUCGCGAUACUUGAGAAAUCGUACGGAUAGCCAGGGCGCAGCCGUUGUACAAACUCUCGGACUACCGUCUGUAAAGGCUUACACUAGUGCCAUUGUUGAUCUUUGGAGAUUCCAGCAAUCUCUUGGUACGAAUCCCUACCCUAAUCCAAGGGGCCAUCUAGUCGGAGCUAUGAUUAAAAACCACCAAUUUGAUGAGACUCAACGGAAGCGGACCCAAUUCACAGACCGAGGUUUUAAUACUUUACAGGAUGGCUACACAUCAGAAAAUAUCAGAGCAAUCGUACGAUACUGCUGGGCAGGAUGGUUAUCUGACCAAACAAGAGGCCGGAAACCCCAGGCGCAAGAGGCCUAUCUACGUACCACGGUGGAUUUCUUAUUUGGUCAUAAUAUGCUUCUCCGAGGUGAAGAUCGGCGCCAUCUAGAACUAGCAGAUCUAUUCACACUUCGUAUGGACGAGGGGCCAACCCCAUGUUGGCCGAUGAUUCUGAUGAAGCUUAAUGGCAAGACAAAUCAAUUUGGCCGGCUUGAAUAUAUGGGGGUCGUACGACAUAAGGAUCCUCUUCUUUGUACGAUCUGUCAUACUGCUUUCUAUCUUUUUCAUCGAUGGGAGAUUAUGCAUGAGCCGGUGCCGCAGUUUUAUCAAAGGCAGCAGUGGUAUAAGUUUGUCUUAUUCAAAGGGUCUGACUCUGAGCACUCCUUCUCGUACGAAACUCAGUUGAAAUGGAUUAACCAGGUGUUUCAGAGCAUUGGAUUAAAUUCAAAAAAGAAGACUCAUUCUGGACGAUCUAGUGGUGCAAGGCAUGCAGAACUACAGGGUGUGGACGAAAAUUCAAUCCGAAGAGCUGGGCAUUGGAACCAGGAUAGUAUGAGUAAUUGCUAUCUUUCCGAGCUUCCUCGACCAUUUAUUCGUACACUUGCUGGAUUCAAGCCUACAGAUCAAGGCAAUUAUUAUCUGCCACGAGCUGCAAUUGAACCUCCAGAGACCCUUGUACGAGCUCUCUGGCCAUGGAUUGAUCAAUGGCUUGCUUGGUUUUCCCCAUCCGAGUUGAAUCCGGUGGAAUUGAGUAAGCUAGAUCUGCCUCCAUUACCUCUCCUUGUUCAACAAGGGGUCGAGAAGUGUGAUCAGGAUGAUCUAGCUGCUCAAAGCUUUCUCAAGCUUCUUAGCUCUUUUCGUACGGUUAUUAUACAGGAUGCAGUCUUUCUGCAACAGGAAUUCCCAGGUCAUUCAAUGUGGACUCAUCCUCUAUUCCAACGCUCUGAUUUUCAAUCCUUUAGCCAACAGAUUAUUGAUCUGGUCCGUACAAGCGAAACACCUCAUGAAAUCAAACUUCGCCAAACUAUCCCUCUUGUGGCUAAUCGUAUAACAACUAUUGGGGAGAACCUAGAGCAUAUUAUACAAUUGAACCAUCAGCAAACACAGGACUCAAUUCGUGCUAUACAGUCUCAGAUGGAUCAGCUAUUUUCUGGGGAGGUUACAUUUACUGCAAGGCUUACUGGCUCAGACGAAAAACCCAGUACACCUGGUAAUACUACUUCUCAAUCUACCGAACAAAAUACAGCACAUACUGUUGUACAAUCACUCCAAGUUACUCCUAAUCCUAUACAAGACCACCCUCCGGGCAUUCAUCUACCCAACGAGCCGUCCGGAUCUCCCCCUUUCUACCGGAUGUCUCGUACGAUACAGACUGUGCGAGAGCUUUGGGAGGAGUGGCAUGUUGGUAUUCAUGGCAAUCCAUCUAUCCAGUCUCUCGAGGACUCGUACGGAUGUCGCUGGAGAUCAGAUAAUAAGGAACGCGUCUUCUUUAGCCGUAGGAAGGUUAUCAUUGACUGGAUACAGGCUCGAGUCUCUAAAGGCAUCCUUUUAGCCGACGCAAUCGAUGAGAUUGAACUCAUGCGAAGAAACUCGCAGAGGACGCUGUAUCAACUGCAGGCUUUACUUAAGAAAGAGGCCCAUCUCAAGAAUCAGUUUCAAAUGGACCUCAGCUACGACCCAGCCCGCAUCAAGGGCAAGACGAUCCUCAUAACAGGCGGUGCCUCAGGGUUUGGAGCUGCAUUCGGCGCUCGUUGGGCAUCAUGCGGAGCAAAUGUGAUACUCGGCGAUAUUAACGCGUCUGGGGAGGAAUUUGCAGCGCGGAUUCGCCAGGAGACGAACAAUCAAAACGUCCAUUUCAUCCAGUUGGACGUCACAUCCUGGACUUCGCAGGUGAACUUCUUUCGCGAAUCUCUAAAAUUAAGUCCACAUGGUGGAAUCGAUGUAGUUGUCGCAAAUGCAGGCAUCAACGAUGGCCAGGAAUCUCGGGUCUUUGAGAAUCCGAAGGUCGAUUACUUGCACAGCCCCAGCCCACCGGCUCCGAGUUUUAAGACACUUGAUGUUAAUAUCACGGGAGUCAUGUACACAGUCCAUUUGGCUUUGUUCUUUUUGCCGAAGAAUCCUGGUUCGAUGCCUUGUCAGAAGGAAUCCGUUACCUCAGAGUCGGGAAGAGACAGGCAUAUCCUGUUACUGGGAUCCGUCGCAAGUUUACACCCACUGGUAACACAGGCGGCAUAUACUGUCUCGAAGCAUGGGGUACUGGGAUUAUUUCGGUGUUUACGGGUAACAGCUCCCGUCAGUGCUGGUGUCCGUGUGAAUCUCAUCUGUCCGUACUACACGGAUACCCCAUUCAUGCAAGCGCCUGUCCGGGCGCUUUUGGCGGGCGUUCCGCUGGGCAAAAUUGAGGAUGUCGUGGAGGCGGCGUCAUAUUUGGUUGCAGAUUCGGCAUGUAUCGGGCGCUCCCUUGUCACGGGGCCAAAGCUAAAGCUCGAUGAGUCGACCGGCGAACUAAAGACACCAUUUGACACUCAAAGCGGUGACACGGCGGAAGAGAGAGCAGUUUGGGAGUGCUGUCUACAUGAUAUGGACCCUGCAGAUAUUUUCACUCGACGGAUGCUGACCGUUGUCAAUGCUGCUGUGCAGGCAAGAGGAUGGACUGGUUGGGUAUAUGAUAUGGCUGGAGCAUUGACGUGGCCAGUUCCUCGAUGGUGGAAUUCAAGAUAGAUUUUCCUGGAAAUAUUUGAUUUCAAGUGUCUCAACGAAAUAGAACGGACGACUUC